GUGACUUUUCGAUACUUGACAUUUGGAGUAAAUUUGAAAGCAUAAAGUUCAUAAAUAACGCCAUUACAUAACAUUACAAGUUAUACUUUUGGUGUAUUCUAAAUUGCAUGAAGGCCUUUUUUAGGUUUUUUUUACGAUGGCAAGAUUAAACAGAACAGAAAUAAGGAGAAGAGAAGAGGAAGAGGCAUUUAUUGCGUUAAAUAUGUACAUUCGUGCUGCAAUGGGUGUGUUUCGGAUGUAUUGCUUCAUUGUGUCAACGGCACAUUAUCCCCGUCCUGAGUUGUCUCCUAAUCCAAACUACUACCAGACCCAAGUAGAUGCCGUCAAUAGGCUUGUCAAUGGUAAUGAAGUAGAUUGCCACGAGCAGUUAAGGGUAAAUAGACAUACAUUUUUUAGGUUGUGCUGUCUACUUCGAGGUGUUGGGUUAGGAGACUCGCGAAAUGUUUGUCUUGAGGAGAGGGUAGCCAUUUUUUUGUUCAUCCUCGGUCACCAUACAAAACAGAGGCGUACGAAAUUGCACUUUUGGAGAUCGACUGAAACUGUAAGCAGACAUUUCAAUGUCAUACUCCAAGGUGUGUUGCGCCUUUUCGACAUGCUCCUAGUCAGGCCCGAGCCCGUACCUCCUAACUACGAUGACAGUAGAUGGAGUUGGUUUCAGAAUUGUCUCGGGGCAUUGGACGGGACGUACGUGCCAGUUAAUCCCCCGGCAGUUGACAGGCCACGCUAUAGGUCAAGGAAGGGUGAGAUUGCCACAAAUGUUUUAGGUGUUUGUAGUCGAGACCUAAAGUUUGUCUUUGUCUUGUCUGGUUGGGAAGGGUCGGCCACUGACUCUAGGAUCUUGGCGAACGCCAUUUCAAGACCCGAUGGUUUGAGAGUCCCCCGUGGACAAUACUACCUUGUGGAUGCCGGAUACCAAAAUGCUGAGGGUUUCCUAGCACCGUACCGCGGCCAGCGAUAUCACAUUAACAUUUGGAGGCAAGGUCACAUGCCUACUACGAAAGAGGAGUACUUCAACAUGAAGCACUCCGCUGCUAGGAAUGUGAUUGAGAGAAGCUUUGGUGUGUUGAAGAUGCGAUUUGCAAUAUUGAGAUCUCACUCCUAUUACCCCAUUAGGACUCAAACACGUAUCGUGACAGCAUGUUGUCUUCUCCACAACCUCAUCAAAAAAGAGAUGCCCAACGAUCCCAUUGAGAACGAAUACACGGCAUGGGAACAUGAUCACAUACACGAUGUCGAGGCAGAUGAUCACAUCACUACCAUAGAAACUUCCAAUCAAUGGACCGGGGAGAGGGAUGCGUUGGCUACAGCCAUGUACAACCAUUGGCUAGGAAAUGGUGGGGGACAAGAGGUUUUCCCACCAUGACGAAGUUUCUUUAGUGU